AUGCGUAGCCAUUCGGUUCCCGAACUAAGCGAGCAUGUGAUCACCUCCAAGGGUGGGGAACUCUCUAAAAGCUAUACUACAAGCGGUAUGUCUGAAUUUACUGACCUGAAGUUCCGUGGUUCGAACCCGACCUCUGCCUCUCAACUUCAUCUGUCUAGGCUUGGGCAACCUGACAGUAUCCCAGCCCUCGUGCUUCCUUCGGGUGGCAUGGCAGAUGGGCACCGAAAGGGUGCGACACCUGAUCAGUACGAUAUAUACAUCCGACGGGGAAUGAGUGAUGUAGUCACAGAAAACCCUUGGGAUAUUCCGAUCAAACAAAAGAAGAGUGCGGUGAAUAAGACCAUUUGUUCACAGGAAAAAUAUGCCACGAAACUGAAACAAAACUUGUUGACUGCGCAAACAGAUCAGUUGGUAUCAAAGGUAUCUCUACAGAAGCAGCAUCGUGUGGUACAACUUUUUAGUUUGCCACAGCCCAGUUAUACUGAAAUAGAGCAAAAGGAAAAUGUACCGUGCACCUUUGAAUCGAUCGGGGAACCCAGAAUUAGUGUAUCGCCUGACCCUCCGCCUAUAAAACCUGUUGUCGUGCUUCCGGGUUCGAUCAGCGCUGACAAAAAAACAAACGGUGAACAGCCAAAAAUCACCGCAACUCUCCGUCGAUCCUGUGUGCCAAGAAGAGGAUCGUUUAUGGGCAAAGUCCUUUCAACAUCUGGGGUUGUAGUGGAGGUGAAUCCGAUUCCCCACGUGGAAACAUCAGGAAAGUCAUUCGCUCCUGUUCCUAUUCAUAGCGAGACCAUGCAGCCGGAGUCUUUGUGCAAAAGCCCAGAGGUGCCUUCCUUGUCGCCGAGGAGGGCCGCUACAAUGCUGCCUGGGUCAAUUUCCCCUAUACCUUCGUCGCACACUCGGUCAGAUGAUUUCCCACCGAGAUGUCCGAGUGUCGGAUCGCGGUAUCCACGAGAACGUCCCGAGCCCACACACAACUUUUUAAAACUGAAUUUAAGGAAAAAAUGCUUCAGCAAGAAGGGCACACUUCGCCAAAAGGCUUUGCAACGAAAAGCCAGACUUGCCAAAUUCAAACGCAAAUAUGGUACUUCAAAAGCACCUAGAGAUGGGACUUCUUGUUACCGAUGUGGCCAAGAGGGUCACUGGGCUAAUAAGUGCCCUCUAUCGGUAAUGGAAUCCAAACCUUUAGGCGAUUCGCACACUCCGGACCAGCAUGCCUUCAAGUUAGCCUCAUCUUCCUGGCGUAUUCUAGAGUGCAAGACUCUUGAUGAAAAGUACCAUGGAAUUCAAUUCGAAGACUUCAUCCGCUGUCCUCCCUCAGUCCCGGUCCAAAAGUCGUUGACGGGCCAUACGUUGGCAACCUUGAAUGAAAUGCUUCAAGAUAGCCUCCAGCAUUUUGGCCAUAGUAGUUUUCGCCCAGGUCAAAAACUGACUGCACUACGCAUUCUGCGUGGCCAGUCUACGUUAGCUGUAUUACCAACAGCUGCUGGGAAAUCACUGUGCUACCAGAUGCCUGCAUUGAUUUACCAGAAACUAAACGGAUCUGUAGCCUUGGUCGUUUCACCUCUAAUAUCACUAAUGCAAGAUCAGAUUACAUCGAAGUUUUCGUCGGUGCAAGGUGCUUUUCUGAACUCAAGCCAAUCUGGUGCCAUAAAGGAGGAGAUACUUGAGGAUGCUCGCAACGGAAAAUAUGCCUUCCUGUUGGUGUCUCCGGAAGCGCUGGUGGAAUCGGAUUGGUUAUUGCAGCCUGGCAGGCUUCCUCCAAUUAGUUUUGUCUGCAUUGAUGAAGCCCACUGUUUGGCCGAUUGGUCUCAUCAUUUCAGACCUUCCUAUCUACGUCUGUGCAGACUGCUCCGAAGCUGUCUCUCUGUAACCUGCUUCCUCGGCCUCUCUGCAACGUGCACGCCUGAGACUAUAAAUAACGUUUGCAGUAAUCUUGGUAUUGAGUCACCCAACCGGUUGACUGGAGAAACAAUCGAUGAUGCAAGUCUGUCUUUACCAGGCUAUGUGCAGCCCAUCUUCUCGCCUAUCCCGUCUCACUUGUGUAUCACCGCAUCGACGGAUAUGGAGCGUGAUUCAGGUCUCAUCACUCUGCUAACUCGGCCGCCUUUCAAUAAACUAAAGGGUGGUAUUCUCAUAUAUUGCGCUACCAGGGACCUUACAGAACGACUUGCUUCAUUUAUUCGAACUACAUUACAAGGAGUGGUCGAUCAAGUUGGCCGCCGCCGUCUUGAAUGGACAACUGCAGCCUACCACGCUGGCCAAACUGCCGCCGAACGGAGUCGUGUGCAGAAACGCUUCAUGAAUGGGCAUAUCCGUGUGCUUGUAGCAACGUCUGCUUUUGGCAUGGGACUGAAUAAACCCGACCUACAAGCCGUGAUCCACUAUUCGCUUACCAAGUCUUUCGAGAACUACAUACAAGAAAUCGGCCGGGUCGGUCGUGCACAACAAGAGUCCUAUUGUCAUGCAUUCCUCCCUCCUGCUAUUGGGACGGACCCACGUGAGGCCAACGAACUACGACGGCACAUUUUUACUAACCACAUCGAUCUGGUUAUGCUCAAGAAAUUUUUGAGAAUGUGUUUUGAUGGGAUUAAGUGCACCUGUCGUCCACCGGGACAAUGUUCCGGCCACGUCAAUGCGAUAGAUCCCGUGGCCGUCGGUGAGGCCUUGGAUAUCAAACCGGAAAGUCUGGCAACGUUGUUAGCUUUCAUGGAACUCGAUCCGGAUGGUCCACUCAUAUCGAUUCUUCAAUCAGCGUAUGCGAUUGCCACAGUUGAUUGUUACGGUGGUCCAGACGAAUUGGCCUAUGCGUCUCAACGAUGCUUAGCUGUCGCUGCCGGUUUAGGUCUGGAAGUUGAACGCAAAGGAAAGGAUUCGGUCUUCCUUUCACGUCAAGUCACAAUCAAUCUCGUUGACGCUUGUAACAGAUGGGGUUGGCGCCCGUCUACUGUCCGGCAAGAGUUGCGUGGCCUUGAGUGGGAUACUCACAGCUCAUCGUCAGGGAACUCUCAGCCGUAUAGGACUGGGAUCAAUGUGAAAUUCUCUCAAUGGAGUUGCUGGUUUUGGGUUCAUGGGCCUCACAUUCCGGUUAGUCCAGAGCGAUUGGAUCGGUGCCUGCAGUACCUACAGCAUCGUCUGCGAACAGUUGAGACAGCUGGUCUGUCAAGCAUCGACCGCCUAGCUCAUGCGCUGGCUUGUGUAGCAGAGACAGAAGUUGAUAAAGUUUACCCUGAAACAGCACUUGAUGAUGGCACCGAUCGGUUCAAAGAGGCUUUCGAACGACGAAUGGCGCGUUCUGACACUGUGCACAAACUGAUAUUGGCGCACUUCAAUGAAACCGCAAAACCUGGUGAGCAAAAUGAUGAGGUGGAAGAUUCCGACGAUUUCCAUUGGCCUCCACCUGUUACAAACGCGCAAAUUACCUCAGUUCAAACAAGUGUUCGAGAGUUCAUUCGAAUGCACGGAUCUAGUCUAGAUGUUUGUCUUUCCGGACGCACCCUCGCCAACUUGUUUCAUGGAAUCUCGACUCCACAAUAUCCCAGCUCAACCUGGUCACGAUGCCGUCGUUUUUGGCGGUCGCAUUUAGAUGUGGAUUGGCCACGAAUCCAACAGAUCGCCACAAAGGAAAUACUGAACUCCAUGCUUUCCUAAUCCCACUAUGAGAAGCUGGUUUUUACCUGUGGAUUUCACCUGAAAUUACGCGGGGGACAUCUAUGUAGACUUUUUAUAUGAGAAUGUUUUUUGAUCCGUAUUUUCUUA